CCCGCGCAUAUAAGCCCCCAUCCUCCCAACGCAGAGCACCGCAGCAAUUCGAUUCCAAGCAUCCAACCACCCACCCAUUUCCCGGACCUCGCCUCGCCAUCCUCGUACGCACGUCGGGAAUGGGGUUCGAGCUGGUUAUCUCGCUGCCCUUCAUAUUCUUCACCGUCCUGCUCGGCUUCGGCUGCUACUUCCUCGGCAAGCACAAGGGCCGCGAGGAGAUGCGCGCCGGCGUCGGGGCCCAGAUCUACGGCACGCCCCUGCCGCCGCCCGGCGUCGGCGCCGCCUGGCAGUCCCCGGGGCCCUACCCCGCCCCGAUGAAGAAGGAAGGAUCCGACGCCGUCUGAUCGGUCCAGCUCUUCCUCCUCGGCUGGUGUUGGGUCUGAUUAUACCGUAUGGUGUGUCCCCGUGUACAUGGAGUAAAUUUGUUGCUCGUGCCUUGUGUGGUGUUUACUGUGAAGGUGGUUGAUCCGGUGUGAUGAUUUGUGAUCACAGUUGCGUUUCUAUGAGAUGUGCAAAUCGAUGUAUGAAUAUUACUUUGUGGUGGUAAUCAAUAUUCAAUAGUUGCUUGGUUUGUAUGCAAA